CUUUCUCCUCUUAUUUUUUUAUUUCCAGCUAAUUUCUUCUUCUUCUUCUGAGCAUUCUCUCGAGAAUCUCAAUACCUAAACAAAAACGAAUUCCGUCUCUGUAAAUUCACACAUCUCAAAAAUUCUUCCACCUGUUUCAGCUCUGUUCAUAAGGUUAUGAAAUAGAAGAAAAUUGGUGUGGAAUUUGCAGAGUGAGAAAGAAAAGAUGGGUUGUAGAGGAUGUUUCGAAUGUUUACUGAAAUUUCUAAAUUUCUUGUUAACCCUAGUUGGGUUAGGUAUGGUUGGAUAUGGAAUUUACUUGUUUGUAGAAUGGAGAAGAAUCAUAGAUAACACGCCAACUGUGAGCAGUCAGGAGUUUGUACAGCUUGGUAGACCUAUGUUGCUUGUUGUAUCUCUUUCAGGCAGCAUUCUUGAUCACCUUCCUAAAGCUUGGUUUAUAUACUUAUUCAUUGGUGUCGGAGCAAUACUAUUUGUCAUAUCAUGUUUUGGCUGUAUUGGUACCCUUGCCAGGAGUGGAUGCUGCCUCACUUGUUAUUCUCUAUUGGUCAUCUUAUUGAUCAUGGCAGAGCUGGGAUGUGCGGCUUUCAUAUUCUUUGACAAGACCUGGAAAGACGCAAUACCGGAUGACAAAACUGGAGAUUUUGAUAUGAUAUACAGUUUCCUGGAACACAACUGGAAAAUCGCAAAAUGGGUUGCACUGGGUGUUGUUAUUCUUCAGGCACUGUUGUUUUUAUUAGCACUUGUGGUUCGAGCAGCAAACAGACCUGCAGAUUACGAUAGUGAUGACGAAUACAUUGCUCCAAGGUCCGGGGUUCGUCAGCCAUUGAUAAACAGGCAAGGUGUUCCUGCCACAGGUGUGCCUGUACCUACCCUCGAUCAACGCCCCCCUGGUAGGAAUGAUGCAUGGAGUACACGAAUGAGGGAAAAGUACGGGCUCGACACUUCUGAAUUCACUUACAACCCGUCAGAAUCAAACAGAUACCAACAACCGGUAGCAGCACCAGCAGAGGAAGGGAGCCGUUGCACUAUAAUGUAGUUAUAAAAUGAUUUGCUUGCAUAAACUGUGGGUUUUCUGUCGAAGGGAAAUCUGCAUUUCCCUUUGACAUAUUGAGGUCUAGUUCUGAAGGAGGGUUUUUGAAAAUAGAAUUCUGUGGGAUGGGUGUGAUCAUCUUUUUUUUUUCCUCUUUUGUGGGAUGUAUAAAAAUACAAAUGUAUCAGGAGCUGGUUUUCUUUCUUAUCAUCCGCAAUGUUUGUUUCGGUUAUUCUACCUCUACAGUUCAACUAUUAGGAAGAUGACAUUAGUGUAAAGAGGAAAGUGUUGCUUCUUAAUCUUAUUUAGAGUCUCCAUUUCGUGGAGGUAAAACUCAGUUAUGAUGGAAUGAAUUCUGUACAUUAUUCUAAAGGUUUUAUCUUCCAUAGUC